AUAUAUAAACCAGCACAUCAGCGAUUUUUAACAAGAGCAGUUCCCAAAUCAUUUUUCCAAGAGUGAGCAAUUCGAAAAAGCAUAAAAAUGGAUAAAGAUGCACAAGAUAAUCAUGCCAAUCAAGGGAAUCCAAAUAAUUCGGCCUACUACUCGAGCAGGGGUUUAAAUACUGGUUCGGACACUUCGUACACUCAAGCAGAGCACGACAAUCGGUCAAAGGAGCUAAACCCAAAUAAUAAGGCUUAUUAUUCCUCGCGAGGACAACAAAAGUAGUUUUGAAACGUGUAAUGCGUAUGAAAUAAAGUUUUCUUAAAGCAA